UCUGGAAAUCUGAUCUGGCAACGCCAAUUUCGUACACUUUUAAAAAGGCCGAAACAUAUGUUGGCUGCAUUCCUUGUUAGUGGCAUUUUGAAUAAUAAAAUCAACUUAAGAAGUUGGAGCGCGUUUAUCAGAUUAAGCAGAAAUGGCCAGCACUUCUCGCGCAACUAGAAGCCAACCCGUUCGAGAGGUCGCCGCGACGGUUCGCGCCAUUCUAAACUACAUCCUUGAUCAUACCGCUCAGAAGAUUCCCAUAAAAGAGAAGGAUUUGCUGGCUGCGGCUGGUGACAAGAAUGAACUGAAAGAAUGCCUGCCGCUGGUCACUGAACUGCUGGCCCAAAGAUUCGGCAUAUUGCUGACCCCACUGGACGCGACCUCCAAGACGUUCAUCUGCACUGCGGAGGAGCCGGUUGCCUCCAUCCAUGAGCUGACCUCGGCUCAACGCCCACAGUUCACGUUGCUGUACAUCAUUCUCAUGUACAUCUUCCUGCGCGGCAACCGCAUCGAGGACUCGAAACUAUACGGUUUGCUAGAAGCGCUCAACAUUCAUCCAGACGAGGAACAUGGCUACUUUGGCGUCAGUGUGCGCAAGCAGAUCGAGGAGACUUUUGUGAAGCAGCAAUAUCUGAAGCGAGAACGCUCACAGCUAAGCGCUUACGAUGAUCCCAAGACAUACUUCCUUUGGGGACCACGUGCCAAGGCGGAGUUCACAUUCGAGCAAAUCGUACAAUUUGCCUCCAAGCUGCUCAAUCAGCAUCCCAAGAAUUUUGAUCAUCACCUCUCCAUGGCCCAAGAAGGAGUAAACGCGGAGCAGUAGAAAAAGAUUCCAAGAAAAAGAUUUUAAAUUAAGUUGUUGAAUUUGCUAGUUUCAUACUUCUAAAAAGGUUUUAUGUUAAGUUACUGAGCU